CUUCCAGUCCCCUCACACCCCGCCCUCUGUGCAGGAGGAGAUGCUCCGCCCCCUCCUGGCAGUGGCAGAUGGCUUCAGAGAGCAGUACCUGCACGUGGCCUCCGCACUGGACAGCACCAGGCAUGAGCUGCCCGUGCACUCGGUCCACCUGCCGGGGGAUGGGUCGCAGCUCCUAGAUGCGCUGCAGCCCGAGCUGCUGGAGACGCGGCGGCUGCUGGGUGAGCUCGGCCUGGACCCAGCGGAGGGAGAGGCACCGCUGCUGGGACUGCUGAGUGAGCUGCGCACUGCCUCCCAAGAGAAGGACGCCUAG